CGCCUUCACUUCCCCUUCCUCUGUCCCAUGUUUUCUGCAGGGUUUGGCCCCUUUGUUUGCCACAGAUUUCUGGGUUACAGAGCCUGAGUGUUCGGCCUUCUGGACAGAAAAGGGCAGAAGUGACCUCUAGCUGGACCGCUGUGCAAGGGAAGCAGUACUAGACAAAGUUGGAAAGGAACAGUGACCCAGAGGCAGGUGGACAGAGAAUUCAGGGACUGGCAAGAAGUGAGCUUGAGACCUAGGUUGAAGUUGAUUCCAGACUGACCUCUGGCAUCCAGCACCCAGACACAGGACCAUGGGACCCCAGCAUUUGAGCCUUGUGCAGCUGAUCUGCCUCUUAGUGGCCAUCUCCACUCUGCCUCGAGCUGGGACUCUUCUGUGCUAUGAAGCAACAUCUUCACUCUUCAGAGCUGUUAGUUUCCAUAACUGGAGAUGGCUUCUGUUGAGAAGUAUGGUGUGUAAGCUGGCCGAGGGCUGUGAGGAGACGCUGGUGCUCAUCGAGACAGGGACCAGAAGGGGAGUCGUGGGCUUUAAAGGCUGCAGCCCAGCCUCAUCUCACCCCCAGCAAGUCUCCUACCUCGUUUCACCACCUGGAUUGUCCAUUGCCUCCUAUAGCCGCGUCUGCAGGACAUAUCUCUGCAAUAACCUCACCAGCUUGAAUCCUUUUGUAAAGCUCAAGGCCAACACUCUUAAGGCUGCAGCAGUUUCUUCCCAUAGUUGCCCAACCUGUGUGGGCGUGCACUCUCAGGAUUGCCUCCCAAGUUUUGUCACCGUGGAGUCUUGCCCCUCCAAUGCCCCUAAGUGUUACAGUUCCACCUUAAACUUUAAGGCAGGGUUUCUCAAUACCACCUUCCUCCUCAUGGGCUGUGCUCGUGAACAGGCCAAACUUUUAGCACAUUUUUACCAGAUUGGGAGCAUCAGUGUGACUGAGGUCCUCAACAUUGUGGAGAAGGCCCAGAUUGCUGGUGCGGAGCCCUCCAGUCAGGGUCCUGCUUGGGGCAUCCUCUUAGGCCUCCUGCUUGCCUUCAGGAACUGAUGAUCUAGCUGGACCAGGCAAACACCCAGACCCCUUCGUGUAACCAAAUAAAGUCAG